GAGAGCGCAGCCGCCGUCUUUUCCUUGAAUCACUUCGCUCCGUACGAAAUGCGAGCGGGAGAGGCCGUUCUUCUUUGGAGCGCUGCGCCCAACUCCGUCACUCUAGAUUCCGGUAGUCUCUCAGCAGCAUCGCCCGGACGCACCGGCCCACGUUGCUCCCGCCGGCCGCAUUUUCUACAUUAGUGGGUGAGCCACCACUGGACAUCCGACUGCUGUCAUUGCACCGUACGGACUGUCGGCCGUGCCGUCGGCCGUCGGAUGCAGUCCUGCCUCGAAUAUCACCACCAACAACAUCAUCACCACCAACAGGGUUCGCCCCAUGUGACGUUUCGACAGUACUCGCCACAUUCGUCUUCGCCCCCUCAAAACAUCAAGGAGGAGGAACCGUCCGGCGCCCUGACGACGGCGUCCCCGGCAUCCGGCAGUGGCGGCGGCGUCCCCGCCGUCUCGUCCGGCGGAGGAGGCUUCUAUGGAUCUCCGCACUGCUACCUACCUGCCACCAAAAAGGGGGACUCCCUGCCCCGACUCGGGAUGCUUGGAGGCUCCACGCCCGGCAUGUACUCGAAGGUGUGGUCGACGGUCCAGGAUACUCACGGUAAAGGACCGGGCAACAGCGGUUCCCUAUCACCCACCACGUCAGGUCUCUAUUGGAUGUCCAUGAUAUCCGAACCACAGGAUGUCCAUUAUCACUGGAACGGAGAGUUGAAUAAAUUGAACACUUCCGAUCAGCACAAUGCAUCCACGAUGCACAAAGGCCCCGGCGGCAGCCUGGAGGAAGGUCGAGGCGGUGGAGGCAUGGACUCCUCGCAAAUGCACAACUUGUAUGGUAGCCACGGAAAUAGGGCCAACAGUACCAGUAGUGGAAGCCCACCCGUAUCCACCCCAAGCUCCAGCGGAUCUAUGCUAGUGGUGCCCCAACCCAUUAGCGCCGCUACCAAGGGUCCUGGAGCUCCAUCAGGGGUGGCCACCAAUGGCACUGGGAGGAAGUACCAGUGCAAAAUGUGCCCUCAGAUCUUCCUGCACAAGUCGGCUAUGCAGCACCAUGCAAGGGAAAUCCACAGAGGAGAAGUUAAACCCCACCAGUGCCAGCAGUGUCUCAAAUCUUUCUCCUCCAAUCAUCAGUUAACGCAACACAUAAGGAUCCACACGGGGGAAAAACCCUACAAAUGCUCCUAUUGUGACAGGCGCUUUAAACAACUCUCUCACGUUCAGCAACACACUCGCCUACACACAGGUGAAAGACCGUAUAAAUGCCACCUUCCUGAAUGCGGUCGGGCGUUCAUCCAAUUAUCUAAUCUUCAGCAGCACUUACGGAACCAUGACAGUCAGAUGGAACGUGCCAAAAAUAGGCCUUUCCAUUGCAACAUCUGUGGGAAAGGUUUUGCUUCGGAAAGCAGUCUCCGAACGCACAGAUCAAAGCAACAUGCGGCUCUUAUUGGAGGGGCCAAUUCUCAGUCAUGUCCCGUUUGUCAUAAAAUAUGUUUGAACGCCGAGGCCUUGAUGGAUCACAUGCGUACGGCCCACAAGGAUCCUAAUGCUUCUGGCACUCCAACAUCUUUUCUGCACGUUGUAACCCCCACAGGCCGAAGACGCACGACAAGUCAUCCGUGUCCAGUAUGCGGCAAGACUUACGUGAACGAAGGAUCCCUGAGGAAGCAUAUCGCUGGCCACCCGGAAGCUUCUGGCAUGAGCACGCCACUGAGAAUGUGGCCCUGUACCGUGUGUCAGAGUGUCUUUACACAAGAGUCAGGUCUCUUGCACCACAUGGAAAACAUGAGGAUGGAUCCCAAGCAUCAAUUUGCUGCCCAAUACGUUUUGAGUAGGGCGGCCGCCGAGAGACGCCAGAAAGACGUUCCUGGCAUGCCUCCUCCACUACAUGGGGGACCUGGGCCCUCUGGACUUGGAUCUUUAGGGCCCAUAUCUCACAUGGGGCAAAAUCAUCCUGGACUUUCCUCCCCAAGUCACUCCAUGGUGGGGCACGGGGGAUCUCUCGGUGGAACAGACAUGCACGGUGUCCAGCCACUUCCUUUGCUCGGUCCUCACCACGGCCAGUAGCCUGUUCGAAGGGAUUUUUAAUUCAUCAAAAGAAACUCGUUUCUGCUUGUAUGAACGUUUCACGAGAUACUUUAGUUCAAUCUUUUAAGAUCCAGUUCUCAUGCCAGUACAGCAACUUAGGUCUUCGAGCAUUCCUAAGACAUUGGCAAAUAGUCGAAAAGUGCAUGGUUCUGCAAAAGAUGAAAAAAGGCGUCCUUGAAAUAUACGAUUCCUAUUUGUGACUGACUAUCGACUGUUACGUUACACAACCGACAUUCGUUGCAAAGACUCAACAGUUCGGUAUUCUGAAAUGCCGUCUGUAUACGCCUUGAAAGUUGUAGAGUUUUAUAUCAAGAUUUACGACAAGAAUUUAUAAAGCGCAGUGCGUAUGGUGUUUCGUCUUGACUGAUUUCUGUUUUCUUUGAAUUAUAUGAUAUUUUGAUGACUUCUUGCCAAAAUGUUUAUAUCAUUUAUAACGCUUUAUAUUUCAGCUUUCAUUUCAUUUGUGAAUGGGAAAAUUGCCUCUUCAUAUUCUAUUUAUUCUUAGAUUGUUAAAAUUGUGUGU